CAUAAACCCAAAAUAGAAAACAACACUAAUCUUUCUAACUCGGAGAUUCCAUUGGCUUUGCAUAUAAAUGCUUUCUUCUAACCGUAUAAAUAAAAACAGAAAUUAUGAUUGUUUUGAUUUGGAGUUGGGUAUUUUCAUGCUUGGCAUUCACUUUUCUCGUCAAAUUUUUAUAUGAUGUAUGGUUGAAUCCAAUCAGAAUACAGAGUGCACUAAGGUCACAGGGAAUUAGAGGCCCUUCGUACAGAUUCAUUUAUGGAAACUCAAGGGAUUUAGUGAAACUGAGAGACGAAGCCUUGCGCAGUUCUACUGAACUAUCGUCACAUCAAAUACUACGUAGAGUUCAGCCUGACAUUUAUUUAUGGACCAAGCUGCAUGGGAAAAACUAUGUGAGUUGGAUCGGUACUCGCCCUCAGUUGUUCGUCACUGAACCUAAUCUGAUCAAAGAGGCACUCUGCAAUAAAGAUGAAGCAUAUCAAAAGCCAGAGUUUGAAUCUUAUGUUAAACAUAUGUUUGGGGAUGGACUUGGAACUACACAAGGAGAAAAAUGGCAUCGACAGCGUAAACUUGCCAAUCACGCAUUUCAUGGCGAUAGCUUAAAAGGUAUGAUUCCAGCAAUGAUCUUAAAUGUGGAGAUAAUGCUGAAGAGAUGGAGACAGAAUGAAGCAGACAAAGAGAUAGAGGUGUACCAAGAAUUCAAGUUAUUAACAUCCGAAAUUAUUUCUAGGACUGCCUUUGGAAGCAGCUAUAUAGAGGGGCAGCAGAUUUUUGACAUGCUAGGGAGACUCACUCUUAUCCUCAACAGAAACAAUUAUCGAGUUGGAAUUCGCGUAUUAGAAAAAUUUUGGAAAACGAGAGACGAGAUUGAAUCAGAAAAACUGGAGCAAGGGAUUCGAGACUCGGUUUUAGCGAUGAUAAAGAAGAGAGAAGAGAGUGAAGUUAAAAGCAGUGGAAGUGAUUAUUUUGGAGUACUCAUGAAAGCUUACAAGGAAACUGAUAAAACAAAAAAAAUAACAAUACAAGACAUAAUUGAUGAAUGCAAAACAUUUUACAUUGCUGGACAUGAGACUACCUCUAGUUUACUCACUUGGUGUAUGUUUCUUCUAGCCAUUCACUCCGAUUGGCAACAAAAAGCAAGGCAGGAGGUUAUUGGCUUAUUAGGCCAACAAAAUCCUACUUCAGAUGAUCUCACAAGAUUAAAGAUUAUGACUAUGAUUGUCAACGAAACUUUAAGGUUAUACCCUCCUAUUACUAAUCUAAUAAGGGAAGUUAAAAAGGGAAGCAGAUUGGGGAAGCUACUAGCACCAGCUACAUUGGACUUAUUUAUUCCGCCUUUAGUUAUGCAUCAAGAUCCUCAAAUUUGGGGAGAAGAUGCUCACCUCUUCAAACCCGAAAGAUUCGCCGAAGGUAUAGCUAAAGCUACGAAGAAUAAUAUUACUGCUUUUGUUCCCUUUGGUUUAGGACCAAGAAAUUGUGUGGGCAUGAACUUUGCCCUAGCAGAAACAAAGAUUGCUCUCUGCAUGAUCCUGCAGCGUUACAGUUUUAGUUUGUCAUCAAAUUAUGUUCACUCACCUACUCUAGCUAUUGGAUUGUACCCACAAAAAGGCCUUCAGAUCAAUCUUCAGACAUUGUAAGACAUAUUAUGAAGCGGAUCAAAUAAAGUAUUUUGGAAAAAAUAAAAUUGCUAAGAUACGAAGAAGAGUUUGAGUUUAGGAGCUUCUUUCUUUCUUGUAAUACGAUGAAAAAAUUGU